GAAGGACCUGUGGGAUUAAAGGCUGAGUGAUGGACAUGUUUCCCUUUGCUCUCUUCAGUCGCAGGUUCUGUCUCCACUGACCACCCAGAACCAGAGAGUCCAUCCAUUCCUCCACGGAGGAAAUCUGCAGCUUGGGCACCAACAAAAAUGAGCUGUUUUGAUUUAUUUACGCCUCAACAAUAAGACUUGGUUCUGUUAGUGUCUGAAGAGAGCACCCCCCCUCCCUCCCUCCCCCGAGGCAUGGCUCGUUUGCUGGUUUGGAUCAACUCCGUGGUCCUGUUGCUCUUUGGCAGCGACGUGUUUUUGGUUGGAGCAAACCGGCCUCCAGCUCCUGUCAACGUGUCCGUCAUGCAUCUGCGAGCCGACUCAGCAACUGUGUCCUGGGAGGUUCCAGAGGGGGACAUCAUAAUCGGCUUCUCCAUCUCACAACAGAGGCAGGAUGGACACAUGCAGCGAUUCAUUCGGGAGGUCAACACCACCAGUCGCUCUUGUGUCCUUUGGGACCUGGAGGAAGAGACGGACUACAUCAUCCAGGUCCAGUCCAUUGGCCUCUAUGGGGAGAGCCAGGCCAGCAAGAAAGUCCACUUUCGUACCCUGAAGAAAACAGACCGGUUCUCUUCCAACAGCUCCAACCAAGACGACCCCACCGUGCAGGGUCUGGAUAAGUCCAGGCAUCUGCAAACAGGAGAGAUGAUCAUAAUCGUGGUGGUCUUGGUCAUGUGGGCAGCUGUUAUUGCCCUGUUCUGUCGGCAGUAUGACAUCAUAAAAGACAACGACUCCAGCAACAAUAAGGAGAAGGUCAAACCGCUGUCAGAGAGGAGCACGCCGGAGCACCACAGUGGAGGACUUCUACGGAGUAAGUUUCAUCCCUCUGUACCAUCCAUAAACAUCAUUGAAGUUUGAGAAGAAGAAGACCCAACUGAAAAUCCUCCAUCUCCAAAUGUUUUUUUUUUAUUCUUGUUGCUGAUGAAUAAAACACAGAGACAUAGAGAGAAAACGUGAGUUUGGUGUGCGGCAUCAUUAACACAAAUGUCUUGACAGAAUGUACUCACGUGCAUGAGUAUUUUAAAAGGAAAAACACACCAUCGCAAGCAUUCAAACUCCAAACUACAGACUGUUGAAAAUUCACACAAUCAUUGCAAACUGAUACACUAUAGGGUUAAAAGGACAUGGCCCAUAUUACACUGAUGUCUUUGGUAGGUGCUUUAUAUAUAACUGCAACACAAGCCCAACAAUAGAACUCGUCAUCUCUGGGAAGCCUGUGUUUGUGACUUUAAAUGCGCAAUGUGUUUUGAUAUUGGCAUGUGCAGUUAGAUAAUUUGUUUACCUGUUAUAGACAAGUGCAAUUAGUGUUAAUUUACUGCUUGACCAUGAUGAUACAUUGUGGUUUCUGUAAGUAGAUUGCUAUUUAGGACAGCAAGAACUCAAGCUCAGAACUGAUCUUCUAAAGCAACAGUCUCCCCAGCUCCCUUUUUUAUUCUUCUUGUCCAAAACGCUCACGACUUCUGGUUAAUACUGUAAUCUGUUUUUUCAUCCAUCACAU